AUGCCCACUUUCCUCAAAGGGUGUGUAGCAUUCGUGGCAGUUGCUGCCUCCAGCCUCAGCUUAUGGAAUUUUGUCUGCCAUUGUAUCCAACGACGAGGCUUAUGGCCUAGUGGCGCUUCUACGCCCGAUCCCCCGGACCUACAUGCAUCACCCAUCCCGGUUAACGAACAUCCAACAACCGUAGACAACGCACCUGGACCCCCCUUCUCAACCAACUACACCCCCCCAUUAACCGCAGAGUCCCCCAAACACACCAACCGCAAAAUCGCCAACCUCCUACAGAACGCCGCUGGCCUAAUCACACCAACAACAACAACCCCCGCCAAGUCCGGCUUCAUCUACAUCCUCACCGCCACCCACAACAACAACAACAACACCAACAACUCCUCCACCCCCCUCAUCAAAAUUGGCCGCACCACCCAACCCAUCCCCACCCGCCUCGCCGCCAUGCAACGCUCCUGCCCCAACCUACACCUCGAAAUCCUCCCCUUAACACCACCCCCGUCUACCACCACCACCACCACCACCACCACCUCACGUUCCUCCCACCCCCUCUCCACCAUCCCCCUUCACCUCGCCGAGAAACUCGCCCACGCCGAACUAGCCGCGGCACGGUACGUCUUCCGUUGUCCCGACUGUGGGUGUCGACACCGCGAGUUCUUUGCGGUGGAGGCGGGGGUGGGGAGGAGGGUGGUGGAGAGGUGGGUUAGGUUUUGUGGGGGGGUGCCGAUGCCUUGGGAACAACAACACACCGGCAGUGGUGCGGUGGGCGUGGAGCUGGCGGCGCCGUGGCGGGAGAGGUUGGAGGGGUUUGAGGGGAGGGGGGUUGUUGGAUGCCCCGUGCCCGUGUCCCCGUAUUUGUUGUGGGUGGAAGUUGCAUUACGCUUGGCUGUUGAUGGUGCGCUCUGGUGUCGGUCGGUCAGUUUGGCCGCCCUAGGGUGGGUGAUGUUGGGCUUGGUGGUGGCGGUGCAUUGCAUUGACGAGCGCUGCGCCUGGCCGAUGGGGUCUAUAUACACGUGGGCGACGCUGAGCCAAGGGCCUGUUGUGGCUGUCUGCGGUGGUCGCGUUGACGAGCUUUGCGGGCGCAAGUCUUUAUAUGGGCUGGGAACCAUGGGCGUGGAUGCUGACGUGGAUGCUAGCAGGCGUUCUUAUGUCCAUGGUUCUAGUGCUCAUGGGAUUUCGAUGCGUGACGGCUGA